UUUACCGUGAAACUUAAACCCUAUUCUGAACAUGUGGCAGGCUUCUUCCUAGAAACCUCUCGCUCUCGCCUCCUCUCUCGACUUCUCUCGUUGUUUUCAUACCUUUUCCGUUUUGACCCGCCUCAGAAUAUCUGUGACUCCAACCCCAUAUCCUCAAAACCCUACCUUUCUCCCUCUAGAGCCUGCCAAAAUUAAAAAUCUCAACUUCUUUUCCUUCUUUCAAACAACAAAGGUAAGUGAUGGAUCAUUCAAACGAUCAGAAGUACUACAAAUAUCACCCAUAUCAGGAUCUCUACAACGUCCCAGCUCAAAGCCUGUAUAAUUUACCUACUUCUCCCGAGUACCUUUUUGAUGAAGAAGCUGCACAUCAGCGCCGCAGUUGGAGUGAAAACCUUCAAUAUUACACCGGAGCUGGUUACUUAUCCGGAGCUAUUAUUGGGGGGGCUAAGGGUUCUUUCGACGGCAUCCGCUCCGCUGAGCCUGGUGACACCAUGAAAUUGCGGAUCAACAGGAUUCUGAACUCCGGUGGACACACGGGUAGGAAGUUUGGGAACAAUUUAGGUGUUUUGGGGCUGAUGUUUGCUGGUCUUGAGAGCGCUUUGAUUCACUACAGAGACACUGAUGAUUUGCUAAAUACGGCUCUCGCGGGGCUCGGGACUGGGGCUAUUUAUCGUGCGGCGAGGGGACCUAGAUCGGCGGCUGUUGCAGGGGCCAUUGGAGGAAUUGCGGCGGCUGCUGCUGUUGCGGGAAAGCAGGUGGUUAAGAGAUACGUGCCCAUAUAAGAAUUGAAAAGUUUGUUUUGUGGGCCGGUUUGAUAGACAAAGUUAGAUGAUUUCAUUAGAUGUUUUUGUUACAUAUCGGUCCAUUGUAAUCCAAUUUGCCGACUUGGCAUUUCUUGAACUCACUGUUUGAUAAUUGAUAGAAAUUUUGGGAUUUUCUAUUUUAUAUUUAUUGAAUUGGUGGUUUAUGAGAAGGCUAGGAAAACUUAUUGGUUAUUUAAAAAUCUAUGUAUUAUGGUGAUACCAUUUACUUUCA